GCCGUUUCUUCUCCGGUAUCCCAAAUUCCCAAUUGAAAAAACCCUAGGCCAGUCCCUCUCUUCGUCACUCUGCCUCUCUGCCUCUCUGCCUCGCUGUCUCUCUGCCCUCUCACGCGGCCACGGCCCACGCCGUUGCACUGUGCACAUCUCGCCGUCGCCCCCUCAGAAACACAGACCCGCUCUCUCGCCGUUGCACCUCCCUUCACGGCCUCACCUCUCGAGCCGUUCUCGUUGCACACACAGCCCCUCGGCCCCUCUCUCAGCGCUGCGGUGCCCUCUCUGUCUCUCUUCCAAUCUCUCACGCAGCCGGCAGCCCCUCUCUCACGUCUCUGUCUUCGACUUUGUGAAUCUGGUGUUGACGGUCGAAGUUACUUGCUAGUGAGAAUGGUUGAGUUUCUUUUCGAAGAUAUUUUUAGGGUUGAGCGUCUUAACCCAGAUGGUAAAAAGUUUGAUAAAGUUAUCCGGGUUGAAGCAAAAAGUGAGAAGUUCGACAUGUUCAUGCACCUAGAUGUGAUGGUUACAAAGGACUUUAUGCUGAAGGAAGGUGAUAAGUUUGCGAUGGUACUAGCUCCAACACUAAAUCUGGAUGGAACACCUGAUACUGGCUAUUAUACUCCGGGCAAUCGGCAGUCGCUUGCAGACAGAUUUGAUUAUGUAAUGUAUGGCAAGCUUUAUAGAAUUGCCGAUGGUUCAGGACGUGGAACAAAAGCGGAGAUGAACGUUUCAUUUGGUGGGCUUCUGAUGAUGCUGAAGGGAGAUCCAUCUCAUUGCAACAAGUUUGAACUUGAUCAGAGGCUAUAUAUCCUCAUGAGGAAGGUGUAAAGUUCAGCUAUUUGAUCAUCAAAGUGUUAUUUUAUCUGUCUGUUAGUUAUGGAAGCUCUCUCUACUUUCCAAGCUCCUAAUCGGCUAUGUUAAUAUGCGAUGCCAUAACAUAACAGCUUUUCAGUUUAUAAUUGGCAAUGCUAAACUUAUGGUAAAAUGAACAGUUUUGUACCUAUACAUGUCUACAUGUGGUGCAAAUGAACAGACGGCUAGGCCUCCUGUGGCUAAUGUGACUGGCUUGAGAAAUAUGCAGUUCCAUUCCACCGAUGGAAAUUUUAUUUAGAUAUUUUUCCAUUAAUAAGUUGAGGCAAGGAGGGUUGCCAAU